CCGACGACGACGGCGAGCAGAGAGAGUCACUCACGGCUUGCUUACUUGCCACUCGCUCAUCGCCGGCCUCCCGGAGCUACACGCAUUCGCCAGCCAGCCAGCCGCCAUGUCCAACUCCAGCCCCAACGACCCACGGCCACCGCCGCCGCCGCCGCAGCUCGAGGGCGACGACACCUACAGGUACCUGUCGGGGCUGGGCAACAGCUUCUCGUCGGAGGCGGUGCCGGGCUCCCUCCCAGUCGGCCAGAACAGCCCGCUGCUCUGCCCGCUCGGCCUCUACGCCGAGCAGCUCUCCGGCACCUCCUUCACCACCCCGCGCCACCGCAACCUCCGCACGUGGCUGUACCGGAUCAAGCCGUCGGUGACCCACGAGCCCUUCCACCCGCGGGACCCGCCCAACCGCCGCCUCGUCGGGGACUUCGACGACCGCACCACCACCGUCGCCACCCCCACCCAGCUCCGCUGGAGGCCCCAAGAGGUGCCGCGCGCCCCGCCGCAUGUCGACUUCGUCGACGGCCUCUACACCAUCUGCGGCGCCGGCAGCUCCUUCCUCCGACACGGAUUCGCAGUCCACAUGUAUGCUGCCAACAAGUCUAUGGAUGGAUGCGCCUUCUGCAACGCCGACGGUGAUUUCCUCAUUGUGCCUCAGCAAGGAAAGUUAUUGAUCACAACUGAAUGCGGAAAGAUGCUAGUGCCGCCCGGUGAAAUUGUGGUCAUUCCUCAAGGUUUCCGAUUCGCUGUCGACUUGCCUGACGGCCCUUCGCGUGGCUAUGUUUCCGAGAUUUUUGGUGCCCACUUCCAGCUCCCUGAUCUUGGCCCAAUUGGUGCUAAUGGUUUGGCUUCUGCGAGGGAUUUCCUUUCUCCCACAGCAUGGUUUGAGCAAGCACACCGCCCUGGAUACGUAAUAGUGCAGAAGUAUGGUGGUGAGCUAUUCACCGCCACACAGGACUUUUCGCCGUUUAAUGUGGUAGCGUGGCAUGGAAAUUAUGUCCCGUACAAGUACGAUCUGAGUAAGUUCUGUCCAUUUAAUACCGUCUUGUUUGAUCACGCCGACCCAUCAGUAAACACAGUGCUAACUGCUCCAACUGAUAAGCCUGGCGCCGCACUACUUGAUUUUGUGAUAUUCCCUCCACGAUGGCUUGUCGCCGAGAACACGUUCCGUCCUCCGUACUAUCAUCGCAACUGCAUGAGCGAGUUCAUGGGUUUGAUCUAUGGGAUAUAUGAGGCUAAAGCCGAUGGUUUUCUCCCCGGAGGUGCCAGCCUCCACAACUGCAUGACACCGCACGGACCGGACACCAAGACGUACGAGGCAACAAUCAGCAGGCUCGGUGGAGACGCAAACGAGCCGUCGAGGCUGCGCGGCACUCUGGCUUUCAUGUUCGAGUCGGCACUGAUCCCCCGUGUGUGCCGUUGGGCUCUCGAGUCGCCGUCCCGGGACCUCGACUACUACCAGUGCUGGAUUGGGCUCAAGUCCCACUUCUCACAAGAGGAAGUUCAUGGAGACGAUGGACCUGCGGCAACCGGCGGCAACAAGGAUGACAAGAACUAAUAGUUCCCUAGAAUCAAUAGCUCUGGUUCCUCAGGUAGGAAUAAAUUCCCAGGCCAUGUAUACUAGGUGCCUGUGUAAAGGCCAAUAAUCCAGUAGGAACAAGCUGCUGCAGCAUGUACAAAUUUAUCCUCCUAGCCAACCCAAUCCAAUCCCAUAUUCUUAUCCCAUCGUGUAUGUGUAUACCAUAAGCAAAGAAGCAUGUCAACUAGACUAGAUUGAUGUGUGUAACAUAAGCAAGGAGAGCAUGAUGAAGAUUGUUUGUACGUCAAGAGGAAGAAAUAAAAAAGCCUAUACUUGUAA